AUGAAUUCUUUAGGAUUACAAGAACCAUGUGUAUAUAUCAGAGAGCAAGUCGAGCAAUCAAUUUCAAAUUCUGAAAAUGUACAGACAAUGAUUAGAAGUUUGAAUUCGGAUCAGAAUGAAGCGUUUAAUUUAAUAAUUGAACACAUCGAUAAGAAAGGCAGUCUAUUUUAUCUUGAUGGUCCAGCUGGAACAGGUAAAACAUACCUGUAUAAUGUGCUUUGUUCUUAUCUUAAAAGCACAAUACAGUUAGCAACAACUGGCAUUUCUGCUGAUUUACUACAAGAAGGAAGAACAAUGCAUAGUGUAAUGAAGUUGCCAGUUCCUCUAACAGAGUCUAGCAUAUCUAGACUACAAAGAAAUACUCCUAAGUCAGAAAGAAUUAUCAAAGCAUCAUUGAUUCUGAUUGAUGAAGUUUCAAUGAUGUCUUAA